UUUCCCUUCCAUGCACCCCACUCCCCAAUCCCCUCCCCACGUCUCACCCCGUGCCCCUACUUUUUGUUCUCUCCAAUCCACCGCAGGGUUCAAUCCAAUACACAACCUUUCCCAUACCCUUUUUCGUAAUUUCACACUAACUAUCAUCGUCUUCCUCUUUCUCCCAAGUCCAAGUGUACUCUUAACACGCAUACUACACACACAAUAUAACCGCCUCGUUACCUUUUCUCCUCUAUUGCUAGGGUUUCCACGCAACCAAAUAAUUAUCUCGAUCGCCUCCAAAUUCUGUGUAAGAUUUUUCUCUCUACCGCUCUCUUUUGCUGUCAUAAAAAAAUUCAGGGUUUUGAAUUGGACUCAAAUUAUUUGUGGUUUGUCUGUGGCUAUGUUACCGUUGAAUGGGGGUUGAGAAAAAUAGCUUCAAAGUGUCUAGAUUUGAUCAAGAGUAUCAUUCUUCACACAGUAGGGACACAAUUAUGUCUAGUGAUGAUGAUGAUUUUCAGCGUCGGAACUCUGUUUCAGUUGUUGAAUCUGACGAUGACGAUGAAUUUGAUGAUUGUGAUUCUGGGGCAGGGUCUGAUGACUUCGACUUAUUAGAGUUAGGUGAAAGUGGGGAAGAGUUUUGUCAAGUUGGAGACCAAACUUGUAGCAUUCCUUACAAUCUGUAUGAUCUCUCGGGGUUAAAAGAUGUGCUGUCUAUGGAGGUUUGGAAUGAGAUUCUCACUGAAGAGGAAAGAUUUAGUCUUGCCAAGCAUUUACCUGAUAUGGACCAAGAGAAUUUCGUGCACACCCUAAAAGAGCUUUUUGGUGGUGGUAACUUGCAUUUUGGGAGCCCUGUUGAUAAGUUGUUCCAGAUGUUGAAGGGAGGGUUAUGUGAGCCAAGGGUGGCACUUUACCGUCAGGGUUUGAGUUUCUUUCAGAGAAGGCAGCAUUAUCAUAACUUGCGGAAGCAUCAUAAUGCCAUGGUGAACAAUCUUUGUCAGAUAAGGGAUGCAUGGCUGAAUUGCAAGGGGUACAGUAUUGAUGAGAAGCUUCGUGUGUUGAAUAUUAUGAAGAGCCAGAAGAGUUUGAUGAAUGAGAACAUGGAGUUGGGGAGCGAGUCAUCUGAUAGAGAGGAGUCAGGUGAUGGUUUGUGGGGCAAGAAGGGAAAGGAUCAGAAGCUUGGGCAGAAGACAGGUCGGUAUGGUUAUGGCACGGGUCCAGCCUCAGAUUUUUCUUCUCAUGGCCGGCAAAUUGCUAUGGAACCAGCAAAACGUGGUAAGCAGAAUCUCAAAGGAACUCUGAAAUUGGCUGAUUCAAAGUCUACUUCAACAAGAGAGUUAGCAGGCCACUUCCCAACAAGUCACCAGGGAUUGGAAAUGAAGAUGGGGACAUAUAUUUCUCCACUGCCUCCUUCUCGACAUAAUAAAUCUGCAGGGUAUGCAUCUUCAGUGGCAGCUCGGAUGAGUCAGCAGAUAAUGGAGGAUGAAUAUGCUGAUGAUGAUGAUGAUGAUGAAGCAAUGUAUGAAGUGGCUGUGCAGAGAGACCGAAAUUUAGCACGAGUUGGGGCAACAGAUAGAGCUGGGGUGUCGAAAUUGGGAAAGAAACGAAAUGACCCAAGAACUGAAGAGUACACUGACAGUUUCAUUGGAGCGCCUAUGUCAUCGAAGAAUGAUUUACAUGUUUUUGGCAGGAACAAGACCAUCAAUCAAUUGUCUGAUAUCAAGGUGUUAACUACAAAGCCAGUCAAUGCAAGAACUGCAUAUGACUAUGGGAAAAAGAUGAAGUACCCUGAUAAUGUUCAGCAAUUUUCUGGUGAAAAUCAGAUGAAAUUUAGUAAAGGUCAGAAAUCAAACUUGUCACUUAAAGGAAGUCAAAUAGAGUUAUUAGAUGGAAGUGAACAGUUAUGGCUGAGCAAACAACAUGGUUUACCUUUUCCUGCUGAUUUUUCGUACAAACAGAAUGACACGUCUGCCAAAGGUAAAAAGUGGAAAACAGUUAAGGACUCUGCUGAUGUGAAGUCAAGUGACAAAUUAUUGCAUUCAAAGUAUAAAGCUAAGCCUGUAGACGAGAAGUUCCCAGGGAAUUUUUCGCUGAAUGGAGGACGAGAUGUAGCAGGAAGCAGAGGUAUUAGGGCAUUUCCCAGAAGUGAAGAAACAGAGUCGGACUCAUCAGAACAAAUUGAUGAGGAGGAGGAUGACAAUCCUUUGAUGAGGAGGAAGUGGGCUUAUCCUGGUGGUGUGACAGAUAUGAAAAAGGCCAAACUUCCUAAGAAGGAUAAAAAAGAUCGUUUUUUGGCUCUUGAUGGAUCGUCACACUCUUCCAAAAAGAUAGAUGAUUCUGGUGAACAUCUAUGGAUGAUGAAAGCAGAACUAAAGGGUAAGUUGCGUGAUAGUGGCUACUUAAAUACUUUUUACCCUGAAGAUGUGGAUAACGACUAUUUUCCUGAACCAGGUAACUUAACUGGAAGAGGUGAUUGGCAACAAUCUUUCAAGUCAGCAAGAAAUGGUCAUCUAGAAGGUGAUAAUGGCGAAAGGUUUCGCAUGCCAUCGCUGAAGUCAAAUUAUGUGCAAGACUUUGAUCUUGAGAAGGAGGAUUUGCUCUGGACACGACCGCUGGCAAUGGAUAAUGGAGUACCUUUCAAGUUGGGGAAAAAAGGUCAAAUAGUUGAAUCCUACAUUGAAGAUAAUGAGAGAUCUGAUGUAUCGCUAUUGGGUUGUAACACCCUCUCAAAGAAGCGGAAAGCAAAGGAUGAUUUAACGUACAUGGACCAUAAUAAUGAAUACCUCCACUCAGAUACUCAGCUGCAACUUGAUGGUACAAGCUCCUUGAAGAAACGGGGAAAAAAUAAGUUGGAGGAUGUGUCUGAUUCUUUAGAGAAGGGAGUUACCAAGGUACCUAUUUUGGAUAUGCAAGUGGAAGACGUUGAGGCUGAAAUCAAACAACAGAAAAAGCCUUUUGCUUUGAUUACACCUACUGUUCAUACCGGUUUUUCAAUCUCCAUCAUUCAUCUUCUUUCAGCAGUUCGUAUGGCGAUGAUUACAUUGCUUCCAGAGGAUAAUUCCGAAGCUGGCAAGGAUCUUGAUCAGAAUGACACUGGAAAGGGGAUCGAGGAGGAGCAAGAAAGAAAGCAGGAAGAUACCAAUGGGAUGCAUUCAAAUGCAAACCUGGAUGUUAGCACUUCUGUGCCUUCUGAUCAAGUGAAUGUUCCUUCUCUCAGUGUUCAAAAAAUAGUUAACCGUGUGAGAUCAAAUCCUGGUGAUCCCUGCAUUCUUGAAACCCAGGAACCACUUCAGGAUUUGGUAAGAGGAGUUUUAAAAAUAUUCUCAUCCCGAACGGCGCCUUUAGGAGCAAAAGGGUGGAAACCACUUGUUGUCUAUGAAAAAUCAAAAAAAUGUUGGUCAUGGAUUGGUCCCAUGUCUCAUAAUUCAUCUGAUCAUGAAGCUGCUGAGGAGGUGACAUCUCCAGAUGUGUGGGGUCUUCCUCACAAAAUGCUUGUCAAGUUAGUUGAUUCAUUUGCUAAUUGGCUGAAAAAUAGUCAGGAUACGCUCCAGCAAAUAGGAAGUCUUCCUGCCCCUCCUUUGACACUGCUGCAAUCUAAUUUAGAUGAGAAGGAAAGGUUCAAGGACCUGAGAGCUCAAAAGAGUCUGAUCACCAUCAGCCCAAGCUCUGAAGAAGUAAGAGAAUACUUCCGGAAGGAGGAAAUCCUUAGGUAUUUAAUACCGGACAGGGCUUUUUCGUACACAGCUGUUGAUGGUAAAAAAACGAUUGUUGCUCCUUUAAGAAGAUGUGGUGGCAAGCCAACAUCAAAGGCUCGAGAUCAUUUUAUGCUAAAACGUGAUCGACCACCUCAUGUUACAAUCCUUUGUCUCGUUAGAGAUGCAGCUGCUAGAUUACCAGGAAGUAUUGGAACUAGAGCUGAUGUUUGUACUUUGAUUAGAGAUUCACAAUACAUUGUGGAAGAUGUGUCUGAUGCUCAAGUGAAUCAAGUUGUUAGUGGAGCAUUGGACCGUUUACAUUAUGAGCGAGAUCCUUGCGUACAAUUUGAUGGGGAGAGGAAAUUGUGGGUUUAUUUGCACAGAGAUAGAGAAGAAGAAGAUUUUGAAGAUGAUGGGACUUCAUCCACGAAAAAGUGGAGGAGGCAGAAGAAGGAUGCUACUGAACCAUCUGACCAGGGGGGUGUUACUGUUGCUUACUCUGGGCAUGUGGAGCCACCAGGCUUUGAUUUGGUUUCUGAUCUCAAUGUUGAGGCAUCAUGUGCAGAUGAUGAUAAGGGAUCAGAGCUUGUUUACCCCAGUGGUAAUGAUCAGGUGGACAAUGUUGAGACUAGCCAUGGUUCCAAACAUGGUGACUUGCAUCAAGGUCCUUCUCCAAUGAUAUGGGAUGGUCUUGGAUUGAGUUCUAUGCAAGAAAAUAAGUUGCUAUGUCAGGAGAAUUCAACCAAUGAAGAUUUUGGGGAUGACCCAUUUAGUGGAGAGCCACCAGCGUGAUUAUUGAAUACGAGAUUUUGUUUUUAGCUAUCAGUGAAUCAAUGGGGUCAUUUACCAGUGCUCCUAUGCUGCUACAUAAUGCAAAGAAAAACUCCCAUCUUUUGGAUGCCCGAGCAGGUAUAUAAUAUUUGCUAGUGGAAGUUCUGAAUGUACCCCCUCGCGCAAGAGAGAUGAACCCAACGAUUGUGAACAAUCAAGGAUUUGUUCAUCUAUUCUUAAUUUGGAGGAUAAAUAGGUGCAUGUUUGGUACGUGGGCUGUAUUGGAUAUUACAAUAACCAAGAUGUUGGCUUCUUUUCUUCAUUAAUAUUGUCAAGUGUAUUACCAAACAAGCUGCAGUAGUUCAAAGUUGGACCGUUGAAUUGUAUUGAUCUUGUAUGCCCUUUUUUCUUCUUGUAUAUUUGUCAUCUUUAUGAUUGAUUUUUUUUUUUUACCUCAGUACUGUACUUAUAUGAGGUUUUGUAUAUUCGUAGGAUAGAGAAGAAAACCGAGUCUACUCUUGAAGGAAGGUAUUUACGCAGAACGACCAUAGUAGCAUAUGUAAAUAUAGUAUAUGAAAUACGAGAUAAGCUUUUUGCAGUAUUUUCUGGGUAAACGUUGAACUGCUGGGGACAUGCAUUUACUCUGGUUGGUUAUUUCUGUACUAGAAGAGAUUUCUCUUUAGAGACUUUCAUAAUUGUAUUGUUUCCAGUGUUUUGAGAAA